CUCUUCCUCUCUUCUUCAAACAAUUACUUAUCCAUAUAUUUUACCUAGCUAAUAGAUAUUUUGCAGGUCCCAUGGAAGCUGUAACUAUCGUUGUAGAGCUGCAAAACUGGAGAAAUCUUUUACCCGAAAAAAUUGCUCGUCUUGAAGAUGCAGAGGAGAGGAAAGAAACUGACUAUCUCCUGACAUUACAGCUUGCUGAUCUCAAGGGCUUGGCUAAUGAUAUGGAGGAUGUCGUUGGUAAAUUUGAGGGUGUUGAUACCAAGAGAUGUGAUUUGAUUGCAAAACAUAAGGCUAACCCAAGGCAGGUACGGAAACCUGUCUCCUCGUGGUUUAAGGGCUUAAGAUUCAGGUUUGAUCGAGAGACUGCUUCAGAGGUAAAGGAAAUCACCACCAGAUUGCAAAAUUUUGUGAUGGAUACAAGAAUGUUGGGGAUCAUUAGUCUAGGGGUCAAAGAUGGAGAAAGCUCAAACAAGGUAGGCUUAAGAAGUUUGCCUACUUCUUCUCUGCUUGAACGUUAUGUCUAUGGUAGGGAGAGAGAUAAAGAGGCUGUUCUUCAGAUGCUGCUCAAUGAUGAAGGCAAUGGUGAUGGAGACUCUGUUAUUCCUAUUGGGGGGGCAGGAGGAGUGGGAAAGACUAUUCUGGAUCAACUUGUUUACAAUGAUGAAAAAUUGAAGGAGGGUAGGUUUCAAUUGAAAGCGUGGGUUUUUUUGUUUUUUCCUCAUUAUUUUGAUCUUCUCUUGAUAACACAAAGCAUUCUACAUCAAGUGACCCAAGAAAAUUGUGAUUUGCAAGAUCUUAAUUUGCUUCAAGAGAGACUGAAAGUGAUGAAGUUGAAUGAUGUAUGGAACUUGAACUACUGUCAUUGGGAUCUGUUGCAAAUACUUUUCAAAUCAGUGGCAUCUGGAAGUAAAAUAAUUGUCAUGAACUCGAAACAAGGAUAUUGUGAAAACCUUGAAAGGAAAUGAGAAUUUUCACAAUCUAGAAUUGCUACCGGAUGAUGCUUGUUUGUCGUUGCUGGCCUAACAUGCAUUAGGAACAGAGAAUCUUGAUGCUUAUACAGACCUAAAGGGGAUUGGAGAGGAAAUUGUUAGAAAGUGUAAAGGAUUGCCAUUGAGUAUAAAAAUCAUUGGCGGUGACUUGCAUGGUAAAUCUUGUUAUGAGGAGUGGAAACAUGUAUUAAACAGUCAGAAACUGAAUCUACCUAAAGACGAAGGUGACAUUCUUCCUGCUCGCAAUUGAGCUAACUACCUUUUCCUUACGUCAUAGAAUAAAAAGAUCCUUGUAAUUAAAUUGUGCCAAUAUUGACUAUGGCAGUUCAGGGUCAAAGAAUGUUUUGUUUGUAUGCUUGUGUGUAAAAGCCGUUUCAAUUUCUUUGUAUAAUAAUAAAAAUAAAUAAAUAAAUUGUUA